GCGGCCCGGCCGGGGGCCCUAUCACGGCGGGGCUCGGGGCAUGGCAGCAAAGAGUCCUGCAGCUGUUGCUCCAAAAAGACCUGUCUUAUCUGUCAGUGCAAGAAAAAUUAAAGAUAACGCAGCAGACUGGCAUAAUUUAAUGAUGAAAUGGGAGACCCUGAAUAAUAAUGGAUUUACUACUGCAAACAAAAUUGUAAACUUGAAAAUUGGCACACCAUUUAAAGAUAACAAACUGGAGAUAGAAUGUGACAACAUUGCCUCUGACUGUGGAAAGCUGUCUCCAGACUAUAAUGAAGAACUUGAGAUGUUCUGUGCAGAAUUGCUUGGGACCUUGGAAAACAUGGCAAAAAUACAACUGAAAAUGGAAAAACUGUGUUCAACUACUAAAGGAAUUUGUGAUUUAGAAACAUAUCAUUAUAAAAAUGGAGAUUGCAGGACACCACUCUUUCACACAUGGCCCACUACGUACUUCUAUGAGGUUUCUUUCAAGCUCACUGAAAUGUACAAGAAGGAAAUACGACUUAAGCAAACGAUUGUGCAAGAGAUUGCUCAUACUGCUGACCAGGAUCUUAUGAUGGUUUAUUUAUCGUCUUGGUUGUACCAGCCCUAUAUUGAGAACAGCAGCAAACUACUGCUAGAAAGCAUGUUGCUGGAAACAGGACAUAGACAAGCGUAGCAUUUAAGACUACUUCUAAUGAUACUCAUGUGACACUGAAGCAGCAACAAACUGCAAGGUUAAUUAUACGUUGUAUUUUUAUAAGGUUAUUAAAAUGUUUUUUUCCUCUG